AUGGACGGCCUCGACGAGUUUGAGAAGCAGCUCGCCGCCGAAAAGGCAGAGCGCGAGCGGCGGGACGACCGAAAGAAGCACCGCCAUCGACACCACCACGAUGACGACCGCCAUCGCCGACGUCACCGUGACGAGGACGACGACCACAGACACAAACGCCGCCGACGGUCGCGCGACGAGCACAGAGACCGAGACAGGCAUCGCCAUGACCGCGACCGAACCGAGAGACGAAGAGACUCCGAUGAGAAACCGCCAUCGACCGAGUCAGGCACCACGCUCGUCCGAGACGCCUGGAUGACCGCGCCAUCCGCCCUCGACAUCGAGCACGUCCACCGACCGGUAGCCAAGGAGAAGACGCCCCCGCGCGAGCCGGAGCGCGUCAUCUCCGCCCGAGAAAUCAAUCGUGGCCUCGGUCACCCCCCCGAACAGCAACAGCCCGCCGAGGAGCACGUCGUCGACUACACGUUUGGCGACUCCGGCUCCUCCUGGCGCAUGACCAAGCUGCGCGGCGUGCACAGCAUGGCCGAGGAGACGGGGCGGCCCGUCGAGGACGUCGCCGUCGAGCGCUUCGGCAGCCUGCGCGAGUUCGACGACGCUAGGGAGGAGAGGCAGGAGCUGGACCGCGCCAAGAGCUACGGCAAGGGCUACGCCAUGAAGGAGAAGCCGAGCGGCGACCUCUACAAGGAGCGUCUGGCCGCGCAAAAGCCUCGCUCGCCGACGCCUCCUCCGCCUCGUACGGAAGCAGUCACCACAACAUCAGCUGCCACGGUCGUCCCGCCGCCCAUGGACCAGACGGCGCUGAACCGCCUCCGCGCGCAGAUGAUGAAGGCCAAGCUCCGCCGCGCGCCCAACGCCGCGCAACUCCAAGACGAAUACAACCGCGCCGCCGCUGCCUUCACCGCGCCCUCCGCCUCCGCCGCGCAGUCCGUCCGCGGCACCGUCGUCGCCAACGACGACAUGACCGUCGACGACAUGCUGCGCGAGGAGCUCCGCACCCGCGGCCAACCCGGCGGCGAGGGCGCGCGCCUCGCCGAGCGCAUCGCCAAGGACGCCAAGUUCGACUCGGGCCUGCAGUACCUCGACGAGAACGCGGAGAAGCUCGCGGCGCGCGUGCACAAGAGCGAGGCCAACCUGCGCAACACGGCAGUCCACGAGUUCCAAAAAGCCAGCGCCGCGCUGGACAAGUGCCCCUUGUGCCACCACGAGGAUACCGGGACGCCGCCGCUGGCGCCGGUGCUGGCGCUCGGCACGCGCUCGUUCCUCACGCUUGGCACGGAGCCGGAGGUGUCCCCGGGGGGCGCGGUGGUGGUGCCCACGGCGCACCGCACCAACCUGCUCGAGUGCGACGACGACGAGUGGGAGGAGCUGCGCAACUUCAUGAAGGCGCUGACGCGCAUGUACGCCGCGCAGGGGCGCGACGUGCUCUUCUACGAGGACGCCGCGCGACCGCGCCUCCGACGCCACGCCGCGCUGGUUGCGGUGCCGAUCCCCUACGAGGAGGGCGCCACGGCGCCGGCGCACUUCCGGGAGGCGUUCCUCGCGGCGGGCGAGGAGUGGGCGCAGCACAAAAAGGUCGUGGAGACGGCGGGGAAGGGACGGGCGGCGCUGAGCGGGAAGCUGGCGAAGGAGGCGCCGUACUUUCACGUCUGGUUCGGGCUGGAUCGCGGGCUGGCGCACGUGGUGGAGGACGAGGGCCGGUGGCCGCGCGGGGACCGGUUCGCGAGGGAGGUGGUGGCGGGCAUCGUGGGCGCGGAGCCGCACCUGGCGAGGAAGCAGGGGAGGUGGCAGCGGGAUGAUCCCCGCGUGGAGGGGUUCAAGAAGGAGUGGCGCAAGUACGACUGGACGCGGGUGCUGACGGAUGGGCAGUAG